CACUAGCUUGGUAAAAUGUGUAAUCUUUAUUCAAUUGCUUGUUUACAGGAUCUUCUUUAUGCCAAAUGCAUAAGUGAGGAUGAGUAUCACUCUUUCAAGAAGCCAUUGUUGCAGAGGAUUGCAGUUCAGGGAGCACAGAUCGAGACAGGAAACGUAGAGAGUUCGGAUGGAGAAUGGUCCAUUAUUGAUUUGAAAGAUGAGAGUUGUCUUUUGAAUUCGAACAAAUCAAAUUCAAAUUCAAAUCCCAAGUCAGCUGCUUCUUUGUUUGGGUUCAAAUCUAAGGAUGCAGUUUCCAAAAACGAAUUGGGUCUUUCAAAAGAAAACCCUUUUUGGAACAUAGACAUUAGUGAGAAAGAAAGUAAGAAUGGAUCAAUUCUCAUGGCCCAAAGCUCGCCGCCGCCGGAGAAGAUGAGUGAAAGGCAGAAGGGAAAGCAGAAAUCUUUUAAGACUAUGUUUCAGAAAUGGAAGAUGAGUGAUUCAGAAGAUGAAACAGCCCCACUCCCGUUAAGUGAGAAAUCAGACAGUCCAGCAUUUUCUCAUACAAACAAGCUUGGUCCUCUUUUUGUAGGACCGGACACGAAGCAAAUCAAAAUGAAACUGCAUUCCAAUGGCUCAUCGUCUGACUUCUUUGUUGAUAAGGUUCUAGGAGACAAUGUGAAGAAGGAACUUAGAAGAAUCCAAGCAGAACUCAGUGCUACAAAUGCCAAUCUCCAUUUCUCAAAUGAUCAACUAGAGGCUAUCUCCACGCAACUUCCAGUUGACAAGACCGAUCUGAAGAAAUUCUUUCCUAAGUCUUGGUGUGAUCAAUAUGGGGAAGUGGUGCUGGAUGUAGUGAAGAAGGAAUUCAAGAAUCAUGUUAGCGAAAUGGGUAAUCUGCAAAACAGUGGCAACACCAACAUAGAGAAGAAGAAGAAGAAGGAGAAGGAUAACAAUGGCGGAUUCAAGAAAUGGACAACUUUUGAAGGGAAUGAAGAAAACAGUCACCCGAAUAUUGCUGCUGCUGCUCCAAGUUAUAAUAAUAACAGAAAAUUAGAUAAAAGAUGUUUCUUCAAGAACAGUAACAACAACAACAAUCCAUUCUUACAAGAUUAUGAUGAUCAUCAUGAAGAAAAAGAAAGUCAUCUCCAUGAUCAUAAUCCUUUCUGGACUCCUCCUCCAAGAUCUCAUGGUUCUUCCAUGAUCAAUUAGUUAUUAAUAUAUGUAAACAAUUGGCAUUAUAUAAUGCAGUGAGGUUUAUGGUUUUCUUUCUAAGCUGCAUUCAAGAAUUAUUCAGAUCUUUUUAUGGAUUGUAAGUAUCAAUUGAAUUGAUAUGUUUUAAAA